AUGUUAGUCUCCUCAAGAGUUCUGGAUAGACCAACAGUGGGUUAUAUUAAAAGACACCUAUCGAAUCUCGGAUAUUCAAAACAAGAUCACGGAAUAUUCUGGCACGAAGAGAAACUCAGUAGAGCCAGGAAUGAUUGCAUGGAUUUGCUACAAAAACAUGAUGUUUCCUCGUAUCUCCUCUCCAAAUUCUACCCCAAGGAGUUUCAAGACAUAUUUCUUGUAGUAAAAGCUUUCAAUUCGAACCUAGCAAAGAUCGCACUGGGCUCGAGUAUUGAAAGCUACCAGUUUACCAAAUUGAAAUUUGGAUUCUGGCAGGAACAACUUGAUCGUUGUGAGCGGGAUAUGGAUAUUUCAGACUCCUCCAAUAGUAUUCUUCCAAGAAAUAUGGGGGAACCAGUUGUUACAUUAGCGAGAGAAUGUCUUAGAAAGGGAAUUAGAGUAAAUUUUGAAAACUUACGUCAAAUGAUUGCCAGCUACCAGCACUUUUGUACAGAUGAGGGAGUUCGAGGCUUCAAAGACACAUACUCAAUUUGUUCAUUUGGUGAAGGAAUAUUUUCACAAAUGAACUAUGCUCUUCGAGAUGCUCUAUUUUCUCCAAAAUUCCCUGAAACUUCAAGAUUUUCUUUGGAACUAAUGGACUGUAGUGGGAGAGAAAGGGUAGAAAUUCUUUUGAAUGACAUUUAUGCUCAUAUUGGACAAUCUACAGCCAUUGCGUCAUUUUUGCUUGGAUCCAGAUAUUAUGCAACUUCAAGAUCUCAAGUCCUACUACCUCUUGAGUCAAUUGCAAAACGUAAUAUAUCACAGGAGGACGUACUUAGAUAUUUACAGUCUGAAGACCCAGACCAAGAGAUAGACGAAGAAGUAAGAGAAAUUGUAUUCGACGUUGCUACUGUUGCUAAUGAUCAUUUGUUGACUGCUCGAACAAAGUUCAACGAUCUCAAAGGUGAAAUACAUGAUUUGGUUGACAAGGAAGGGAGCCUGGAACUAAAACUAGGAUGGGAGCAGUUGAACCAUGGAGUUCCCGAUGCUAUGUUCCUCCCGAUGAUGAAUGGGCUCCCCACAAUUUGCUUUCUCGAGAAACUUGAAAAGUACGAUUUUGAAAUCCGAAAUCCUAACCUCAGUAUCAAAGACUGGAGGCUUGCUUGGAAAACAUACAGGUCUUAUAGCAAUAGGGUUAUUUAA